AUGUUAGAACAUUUAUCUGCAGCUCCUUAUGAGCCGAAAGUUCUUUCAUGUCAAAAAGCUGAUUUCCUUUCAGCAACAGAGCAUAGUUAACAAUGUUACAUUGCCUAACAGUAUUGCUAACAUGAUUUCCUCUACUUCAAUUAUAGCAUUUUAAGUUAUUGUUGGCUAAAUGGUUCAAUUAUGACCACUUUAAUUGUGUCUGGAUUUGUUGGUUAUUUGGUCUAUAAUGGAAUAAGCGAGAUUAUAAAAGAGUUUCUAAUUCCAUCUUUAGAAGCAGUCAAAGUGAAAUUCGAUGUUUCAGAAAUUAUGGCAGGAGUAACAUUACUUGCAUUUGGAAAUGGGGCUGGUGACGUUUUAACUGCAUUAGUAGCUUCAUCCUAUCCAGGAGGGAUUGAUUAUAAUAUUGGAGCCACAAUGGGAGCAGGAUUUUUUUUAUGCAGCAUAGGCGUGUAUCUAAUAACAAAAACAUCGAAAUCUUAAAUCAAAAUGGAUCCUGUGCAUUUUUGGAGAAAUGUUGGAUUUCAAAUAAUCUCUAUUUUUGUGAUUAUGGUAUUUGGAGUUAUUGGCUAAAUCUCUUACUUCUCUAGCAUUUCAUUAACAGUCUUAUAUUUGCUACUAGUUUCUUUGGUCUAUUAUUAAGAAAGAGACAAAAUAUUGAAAAGUAGAAAAGAUAGUUUGGGUGAGAGAAUGCAGACGGUUCAUGAAGCUAAAUAUGAUUUAGAGAUUGCUUAGAAAUUCGAUGAUAUGAAAUUGCUAUAUCUUUGGGACAAGAAAUCUGAAUAGGAAUUAGCUGCUAAGCCAGUUAAAUGGGCAACUCCACUAAUUAGAUUAAAUUAUGUAACAGGAGAUGCAAGAGUGAAGAUGCUAGCUAAAAAGUUCAGAUUUGCUGUGCAGUUGACAAUGGCCAAUAUUGAAACUUAAAAGUAGAAAUGGGAAAGACUGUCAUUAUAUGAGAAGAUAAGGGCAAUCAUCAUCUACCCUUUGAUGUAAGUAUUCAAAUACACAUUGCCUGGACCUAAGGAAGAUUAGUUUGAUAAAAAUCAAGCAAUAAGUAAAUAUCAGUUGAUUAUUGCUUUAGUUUUUCCAAUUCCAGGAUCCAUUUUUUUUGUUUCUGUUGUUUUUAGCUUCCCUCAUUGGUGGGUUUACUUUUUAGCAUUAUUGUUUGGAUUCGGAAUUUCUAUUUUCUUAAAUACUACAAUCCCAUCUUAAAAAACUCCUCCAAAAUAUUUCUUCUACCUUUAGCUAUAUUGUAUUUUAGGUUCAUUGGUGUGGAUAUUCUUUUUAUCUGGUUUAUUAAUAGAUUUUCUUCAAUUUUGGGGCAUAAUAACAGAAUUAAAUAAAACAUACUUGGGAUUUAGUUUGAUUGCUAUGGGGAAUGUACUACCAGAUUGCAUCACCUUGGUUUCUUUGGCUGAAGAAGGUUAUGCAAUAAUGGCUUUGAAUGGAAUUUAUUUUGGUCAAAUGUUUACAAACUUGAUUGGAUUUAGUGUUGCCUUCUUGAAACAGAACUUUGUGAAUCAAGGUCCCAUCAAAUUCAAUUUGUUUAGUAUAAUUGACAUUGAGUAAAAUGCUUUCAAAUUGAUGGUUAUUCUAGCAGCCUUUCUUAAUUUGUUAUUUACAUUAAUUAUGGCAGUCAGAAACCAUUAUAUCAUAUCAAAGUCCAUAGCCAAACUACUGACAAUAUUUUAUUGUGUUUUUUUUACCCUAUCCUCCUCCUCAGCUUUCUAUCACGCCUGGACCAAGAAAUGA